AUGUGUAGAAGCCUGGCGCUGCUGAGCUACCAUGGCUGUCCUGUGGCAAGGCUGGGCGAGAAAGACACCGGCGGCAUGAACGUCUAUGUCCUACAGCUAGCCAGAGAGUAUGCGCGAAGAGGGAACCGGGUCGAUGUCUUCACCCGGUACCACGAUCCCACCGACCCGAAAAUCGUAGAGAUCGAAGAGGGCGCCAGGGUCAUACACCUGGAGGCCGGCCCUCUCGACGUCUCCAAGAACGAUCUGUUCUCCUACAUCCCCAGCUUCCUUGACGGGCUGUACCGCUUUCAGAGGGACGAGGAGACCAGCUACGACCUGAUCCACAGCCACUACUGGCUGUCCGGCAUGGUGGGCGCGAGUCUGAGCAGGGAGUGGGACGCCCCUCACAUAGCGACAUUCCACACACUGGCGAAGACCAAGCUGCGGGCCAGGCCGGGAGAGCAGGAAUCUCAGCUCCGGCAGGACAUCGAAGGGCACGUCAUGUCCGUCGCUGACGGCAUCGUCGUCUCAACCGACGAGGAGCGACAGGACCUAAUCAGACACUACGAAGCGCCCGCCCGCAACAUCCACGUCAUUCCGGCUGGUGUUAACCUCGAUACGUUCCAGCCUGUGGACCAGGCCGACGCUCGCGCGGAGCUUGGUAUCAAAGAGAAGCGAGUCAUCCUCUAUGUAGGUCGGAUCGAGCCGCUCAAGGGUAUUGAUAUCCUGCUGCGAGCGGUCCCGAUGCUGGAGUACGGUGAGGACCUCAGGGUCAUGGUUGUCGGAGGAAACCCGAGCAACGACGCUGAGCUGGACAGGCUGAAGUCGCUGACGGCGGAACUGGGCAUCUCAGACUCCGUGACGUUCACCGGAUCGUUGCCGCAGAACGUGCUCCCGACGUACUACAGCGCGGCGGAUGUGUUCGUCCUGCCGUCCCACUCGGAGAGCUUCGGUCUGGCCCCGCUGGAGGCGAUGGCCUGCGGCACUCCUGUGGUGGUGUCCAGGGUCGGGGGUAUGAAGACGUUCGUGAACAGCGGUGAGAAUGGCUAUCUGGUGCCGUGGAGGUGUCCGGAGUCGUUCGCGCAACGUCUGGACGUGCUACUCGCCAACCCGGAGCUCAGGGAUGCGAUGGGACAGGCAGCUCGCGCAAAGGCUCUCAGCAUGGGUUGGGGCAGCGUCGCCGAGCGUAUGCUGGACUACUACUCCACCCACAUCGAAGACUCCUGGGCGGUGCUCGCCGGGGACUGA